AUGACCGUCCUUACUCUGUGCCAGUUCCAAGACGAUGGGCUUGUCGAAAGACAUGAUGUUGAUAUCGAUACAACUCGGUACCUUGCCAUCUCACACAUCUGGGCCAAGGCUGAGUGGAGGGAUGACAUACCCAAUAUCCCUUGGAAAGUGCUUGCCUCACCGCACAAGGCCGCAUUUCUGGCAGACGAAUUCAAACAGCUUGUUGGUCGUGAGUUCUUCUGGAUGGAUAUCCUCUGCGUCGACCAAGCCGUGCCAGACGAACGGAUUCGGGUGGUUCGCCAUAUCCCCAAUAUCUACAGAGGUGCCGCCAAAACCAUUGUGAUCCGUGAGCCUGGGGGUUUCGCCAAAUGCUGUGCCGAUGCCAUGACUGCCGAUGGCAACACCUGGAUGAAUGGAGCGAGAGAGAACUUCCAAAGACACAUGAGGACUUCUCACUACUUUCAUCCCUUGGCAGAGCCCUGGUUUGACCGACUGUGGGUCCUGCAGGAGGCUGUUCUCUCUGAUACCAUUCAGUUUACCAUCUGUGGUCAUGUUGAACAUGAAGACUUCGAUGUUGAGGACGAUUUGUGGGGCUACGCAACUCGCUUCAAACAGCUGACGGACCAUUUGCAGGCGACAGCCUACUCUUGGAUCUCAUAUGGUGUUGAUCAAGACGGCUCCGACCAAGAGUACAACGAAUUCGUCCACGCCUUCCUGCACAACGGCGUGGUGACUCGCAAGACCGCUGAUGUUGACCGACAUCGACGACGUUCCGGGAUAGCAGAAAUUGACGUCCAUCUCAACAGCAUGCGGCAGACCACCAAAGCUCGAGAUUUUAUUUUGGCCAUCUUCCCACAGUUCGGAUGGUAUGUGCCACCCGAAAAUGUCCGGACGAUGGCCUUUGGACAGUUGUGGCUCGAUCUGUGUCGUCAAGCAUCGCAAGCAGGCUAUGCAUUCCUUGCCCAUGUGACUCGUGGCAUGGUGUCAGAUUCUCCUUCCGCGGACGCUUCGAGACUUGCUACCGACAAUGUCCCUACACCUCAGGUUCUAGGCGACUUUGUAUCAAUGCUCGGCAGCCCGGCUGGUCAACAAACCUUUCACUGGGGGCUCAAAGUCAGCGACGUCACAAUAGACGAGAGAAGGCCCGCAGAGGUAUCGGACCUACUCAGAAUCAUCCGAGAGUCUAUGAACUUUAACCAAAAGUCAUGGUUCUUUGCCUCUCGUGGGAGUCUGAACCUCUAUGGGUCCUAUCCGAGGACUGUGCCUAGCCCGACUCUGCUGUCACACGUUUCAUCAGACCGUCCUGUUUCUACUUGGACACGCGACGAGGAUGGGGGUGAACUGGACGAAGAAAAGGAGGCCGUGAAAGCCCUGAAUGCCAUGUGGCUCGGGCUUUUCGAGGAGAAUGCGGCCAUGGGGGGGGACUGGAAUUACUAUUCCCAAUGGCUGUCCAUGCGGUGUUCCACCAGCUAUGCCGAUCGCCUCUUACGACUGGCGGCUCUGAUAUCAUGUGGAUUUGGUAUGAGUGCGUAUGAGUGGUCCACCACCGUCUUCAUCCCAGUCAUAGUCACUGUGAAGAGUUGCACCAUACUUGGUCUCCUGUCAAGGGGGUACUACGAGGCUCAAGCCGCGCUUACGGAGGUCGAAGAUAACUCAGAGGCACAGGCUCCAACCGACACAAAUCAGGAAGACGAUGACCUCGUAGUCAUCAUGCAAGAACUGACCACCGAGGAUGGGGCGCAAGGUAAUGAGGCAGAGAUGGAAGCCUCAUUCUUCUGCGCACAGCGUGGUAUGGAUUAUAUUGGUCAGGACAUGGUUUUGGUGGAGCCUGGUACUAACAAAAUUAUUGGCAUCCUCCCGGACUUUGUCGAUCAUGUACGGAGCCCUGAAGAGUUCGCCGACCGAUACUUGGAACUGUGCGAAUAUCCGCAGACCAGAUUGUUGGUGGACGUGUUUGCACGGAUGGAUACUAUAUUUCUGGAGUAGGACUGUCCUCGUAAUUCACUCCGUCGAGGGCACGUGCUUCUUGACGACGGGAAUGUGGGCCAAAACAAGGAAUGAUGCGAAGGAGACAGAGAGGGUCCAAAGAAGGGCGGAGGACGAGAAUGGAGGACGAGGGGACGAGAAUGGACGGGGCGUGACGUGGCGAUUUCGUAUCGAUAAGAAUGCCAAUGAUAAGCAGCCCCCGCACUCAACAUCACCAGCGAUGCUAAACCCCUCCAAAGAGACUGUCACCUCAAUACCCAAAGCAACUUGUGACAGCUGAGCAAAUUGAC